AUGUCCUUUGAAGUUGGUACCCGUUGUUGGUAUCCCAGCAAAGAGCUUGGGUGGAUCGGUGCUGAAGUCACUAAGAAUGAUCUGAAAGACGGCACGUACCACAUGGAAUUGGCCUUGGAAGACGGUAAAUCGGUUAACAUCGAGACCAAGGACCUCACGGAUGAGAGCGACGAGAGCUUGCCCUUGUUGAGGAAUCCACCUAUCCUGGAGGCCACUGAGGACCUGACCUCGCUGUCGUACUUGAACGAGCCAGCAGUGCUGCACGCCAUCAAGCAGCGGUACUCGCAACUGAACAUCUACACGUACUCCGGUAUCGUGCUGAUCGCCACAAACCCGUUCGACCGCGUCGACCAGCUGUACUCACAGGACAUGAUCCAGGCCUACGCGGGCAAACAGAGAGGUGAAAUGGAACCCCACUUGUUUGCCAUUGCAGAAGAAGCCUAUAGGCUCAUGAAGGACAACAAAGAGAACCAAACAAUUGUGGUCAGUGGUGAAUCCGGUGCUGGUAAGACCGUCUCCGCUAAGUAUAUCAUGCGUUACUUCGCAUCCGUAGAGGAAGAAAACUCCAUGACUGUACAGCACCAGGUGGAGAUGUCGGAGACUGAACAGAAAAUUCUGGCCACGAACCCGAUUAUGGAAGCCUUCGGUAACGCCAAGACGACUAGAAACGACAACUCGUCCAGAUUCGGUAAGUACUUGGAAAUUUUGUUCGAUAAGGACACAUCCAUCAUUGGUGCAAAAAUAAGGACUUACCUGUUGGAGAGAUCGAGACUGGUAUAUCAGCCAGAAACAGAAAGAAACUACCACAUCUUUUACCAGAUGAUGGCCGGUUUGUCCCCGAAGGAGAAAGCUGAACUUCAUUUGAAGGGAGCAGAAGACUACUAUUAUAUGAACCAAGGUGGAGACGUCAAGAUUGAAGGUGUAGACGACAAACAGGAAUAUAAUACCACGGUUGAUGCAUUGACUUUGGUGGGCAUUUCUAACGAAACACAACAGCAUAUAUUUAAGAUCCUGGCGGCCUUGCUUCACAUAGGUAAUAUUGAAAUCAAGAAAACUAGAAACGAUGCCUCAUUAUCUUCUGAUGAAGAAAACUUGAAAAUAGCGUGCGAACUGCUUGGUAUUGACUCCUUCAACUUUGCAAAAUGGAUCACAAAGAAACAAAUUAUUACCCGUUCUGAAAAGAUUGUCUCUAAUUUAAAUUACUCUCAAGCUUUGGUUGCCAGAGACUCUGUAGCAAAAUUCAUUUACUCGGCUCUGUUUGACUGGUUAGUCGAAAAUAUCAACACUGUUUUAUGUAACCCUGCUGUUGUCGAUAAAGUUGCGUCUUUCAUCGGUGUCCUAGAUAUUUACGGUUUCGAACAUUUUGAGAAAAACUCUUUCGAACAAUUCUGUAUUAAUUACGCUAAUGAAAAACUACAACAAGAGUUCAAUCAACAUGUAUUCAAACUAGAACAGGAAGAAUAUGUGAAAGAACAGAUCGAAUGGUCUUUUAUUGAAUUUAAUGAUAAUCAACCAUGCAUUGAUUUGAUUGAAAACAAAUUAGGUAUCUUGUCUCUUUUAGAUGAAGAAAGUAGACUGCCGGCUGGUUCUGAUGAAUCAUGGACGCAGAAAUUGUAUCAGACACUUGACAAACCUCCAACCAAUAAAGUUUUUUCAAAACCAAGAUUUGGUCAGACUAAGUUCGUUGUUAGUCAUUAUGCUCUUGAUGUUGCUUAUGAUGUUGAAGGUUUUAUCGAAAAGAACAGAGAUACGGUUUCAGAUGGUCAUCUGGAAGUUCUAAAGGCAUCCACGAAUGAAACUCUAAUUAAUAUCCUUGACACUCUGGAAAGAAAUGCCAAUAAAUUGGAAGAUGCAAAAAAGGCCGAACAAGAAAGCAAACCAGCAAAGCCUGGUCCAAUGAGAACAGUACAACGUAAACCCACGUUAGGUUCUAUGUUUAAACAAUCGCUAAUAGAAUUGAUGACUACUAUCAGAUCUACAAAUGCGCAUUACAUUAGAUGUAUUAAGCCUAAUAAUGACAAAGAAGCCUGGAAGUUUGAUAAUUUGAUGGUUUUAUCUCAAUUAAGAGCGUGUGGUGUCCUGGAAACUAUUCGUAUAUCUUGUGCUGGUUUCCCUUCGAGAUGGACCUUUAAUGAGUUUAUUUUGAGAUACUAUAUUCUUCUACCAGCAUCCGAAUGGUCUUUCAUCUUUACCAAGAAGGAUAUGACUGAAGAUGAUGUCAUUGGUCUAUGUAAUAAAAUUCUUGCUGUCACAGUUAAAGAGAAGGAAAAAUAUCAAAUAGGUAAUACUAAGAUAUUUUUCAAAGCUGGUAUGUUAGCUUUCCUAGAGAAGUUGAGGAGUGACAAAAUGCAUAUUUCAAGUGUUCUUAUACAAAAGAAUAUCAGAGCUAAAUACUACAGAAGAGAAUUCUUACGUAUUAUGUCUGCAAUUACUAGUCUUCAACAACGUGUUAAAGGUGAAGUCAGGAGGUCUAUUAUUGAUAGAGAAUUUAAGAAUAAGGCUGCUACUGAAAUUCAGUCAUUGCUAAGAGGUUACCGCCGCCGGAGCCAAAUUCUAUCAAUAAUAAGCAGUAUCAGAUGUAUACAGCUGAAGGUUAGAAAGGAGCUCAACCGAAAGCACGCUCAAGUUCAGCACGAGACUGAUGCUGCAGUUGCUAUUCAAAGCAAAGUUAGAUCAUUCAAGCCUAGAAAGGCCUUCCUUGAGGAUAGACGCAAAACUGUUGUUGUUCAAUCUUUGAUUAGAAGAAGAUUUGCUCAGAAAAAAUUAAAACAACUAAAGGCGGAUGCAAAAUCCGUUAACCACCUAAAGGAAGUCAGUUAUAAACUAGAAAACAAGGUUGUUGAAUUAACUCAAAAUCUUGCAGCUAAGGUGAAGGAGAAUAAAUCAUUAAGUGCCCGUGUUGUUGAACUUCAAACUAGUUUGGAAGAAAGCGCGCUAUUGCAGGAAGAAUUAAAACAGAUAAAGAGUAAACACGAUGCAGAACUACUAGAACAAAAAGACGUAUUUGCAGAAAAAGGCAAGCAAAUUGAAGAAGAGCUAAAUGCCGCUAAUUUACAAGUUGAAGAAUACAAAUCUAAAUUACUAGAUUUAACUCAAGAAUAUGAGGAGCACAAAGCCACUACCAAGUCAUAUUUGGAAGAACUAGAGAAGACCAAAGCAGAAUUAAUUGAAGUUCAAACUUUUAACUCAGAUCUUCAAAACGAGGUGAACUCUUUGAAGGAAGAACUAUCUCGUCUACAAACACAAAUAUCCUUAGGUACAGUUACAGCAAAUGUGUUGCCACAGACACCAUCAAAAGAUAUCCAUAUGCAACGCAAUGUUACCAACGGUACAGAUAUUGGUCCUGGCUCGGAAUUGAAUGUCAGACCUGUUAACAGUAAGGAUGCUGGAAGCGUAUCUAAUAUGGGUAUGGAUAGCUAUGCGUCUGAUUCAAAUGCUUUGACACAAAUAAAUGAAGAAUUGUUCAGGUUGUUAGAAGACAUCGAAGUGCUGAAUAACGAAAUAACAGAUGGUUUAUUAAAGGACUUCGAAGUCCCAGCUGCCGGUGUUGGUAUGCAACUAAGUAGAAGAGAUGUUGUCUAUCCAGCUAGAAUUCUGAUUAUUAUCCUAAGUGAGAUGUGGAGAUUUGGUUUAACCAAACAGAGUGAAGGAUUCCUAGCACAAGUUCUAACUACUAUUCAAAAAGUUGUUACAACAUUAAAAGGUAAUGAUCUAAUUCCUGCUGGUGCAUUCUGGUUGGCAAAUGUUAGAGAAUUGUACUCCUUUGUUGUUUUUGCACAGCAUUCUAUCUUAACAGAAGAGUCAUUCAAGAGUGGAAUGACUGACGACGAAUAUAAGGAAUAUGUCUCUUUGGUAACAGAAUUGAAAGAAGAUUUUGAAUCCUUGAGUUACAACAUCUACAAUAUUUGGUUAAAGAAACUUCAGAGAGAGUUACAAAAGAAAGCGGUUAAUGCUGUUGUGUUGUCUGAAGCUCUUCCUGGUUUCAGUGCAGGACAAUCUGGUGGUUUGUUGAAUAAAAUUUUUAGUUCUGGGGAGGAAUAUACUAUGGAUGACAUUUUAACAUUCUUUAAUAGUAUUUAUUGGUCCAUGAAGUCAUUCCAGAUUGAAAAUGAAGUAUUCCAUAAAGUAGUUACCACCUUAUUGAACUACGUAGAUGCUAUUUGUUUCAACGAUCUCAUCAUGAAGAGAAACUUCUUAUCAUGGAAGAGAGGUUUGCAGUUAAACUAUAAUGUAACAAGGCUGGAGGAAUGGUGUAAGACACAUGGCGUUCCGGACGGAACUGAUUGUUUACAACAUUUGAUCCAAACAUCUAAACUAUUACAAGUUCGGAAAUACAGCAUUGAAGACAUUGAUAUACUACGUGGUAUAUGUUCUUCCUUAACACCAGCCCAGUUGCAAAAGUUGAUUACCCAGUAUCAAGUGGCCGACUACGAAUCUCCUAUCCCUCAAGAGAUUUUGAAAUAUGUUGCUGACAUCGUGAAAUCUGAAGCAUCACUUUCAGCAAGUUCUAAAGCUCCUACUCACAGCAAUGACAUAUUUAUUACUCCCGAAACCGGGCCAUUCAAUGAUCCAUUUGCUGAUAUAGAGACGCAUAAAUUUGAUCAAGUUGAAGCAUAUAUUCCGGCUUGGUUGGUUUUACCAACAACCAAAAGAAUUGUUGAACUAGUUGCUCAGCAGGUCAGUGUUCAAGAGUCACAGUAA